GCAGCCGGCAGCGAGAUCUCUACUCUGCCUCCUGGGGUCUUCUCCAGAUGUCUAGCCCCCACCUAGGGGAACUUAGCCUAGCCAGCGGGGACCGGAUCCGGAGGGUGGAGCGGCCAGGUGAGCCCUGAAAGGUGGGGCGGGGCGGGGGCGCUCUGGGCCCCACCCCGGGAUCUGGUGACGCCGGGGCUGGAAUUUGACACCGGACGGCGGCGGGCAGGAGGCUGCUGAGGGAUGGAGUUGGGCUCGGCCCCCAGAUGCGGCCCGCGGGCUCUGCCAGCAACAAGUCCCUCGGGCCCCAGCUCUCGCUGCAACUGGGGCUUGGAGCCCUGCACCCGAGCCCCUCCAGUUCCUCUUGUCGCUAGCCUCUUGGACUGUGUUAACCCUCCUGGCUGGCUGUAACGUGAGGCUCCCGCUGCCGCCACAGGACACAGACCGGCUGCCAAGGCCCCACUUUUAACUAAAAGAGGCGCUGCCAGGUGCACAACUCCGGGCAUGAUCCAUUUGAGCUUCGGGGGAAAGCCCAGCAUUGGUCCCAGGAAAGGUGCCUAGAAGGAUACGGAGCAGGACUACUUUGGGCUCUGCUUCCUCGCCUGAGGUAUGGAGUGAAUGCUGAGCGCGGAGCGGAACGAGCUCAAAUUACUACUUUCUCCAGCCACCCUGGUACCUUCAGCCUGAAGUACAGACCAGAAGGGUCUUAGAAGACAGGACCACCACUGUGUGAGUCUCCCCCCUGUGACCUUAGAGGAUCUCUGAGCGCAGCUGAGCCUUGUUUGCCAAUCUGGAAAAGUGAGCCAUUGACCUGUGGAAUCGUGAAGGAAGAGGUCCUGCCGAGCGUCUAGCACAGAGCACGGUUCUCCAUGCAGCUACUGCUUCCGAGUGGACUCUAGCUACUCCAAACUCCAGGGUAGCUUUGAGAGACUGCAGUGGAAAGAGGAAUACCCCCAAAAGAUAACUAAUUCAUCUUUCAAUUUGCAAGUUGCCUCAGGAAGAGGGUGGGGAAACGGGUCCACGAGGCUGAUGGGAGCUCCUGGAGUUGAAAGCGAUGGAACUGGGACUUGGAGAGCCUACCGCAUUGUCCCAUUGCCUCCGGCCUAGAUGGCAGCCAGCCUUGUGGCCAACUCUAGCUGCUCUAGCCCUGCUGAGCUGCGUCACAGAAGCUUCCCUGGACCCGAUGUUCCGCAGUCCCGCUGCUCGCGAUGGUCCGUCGCCGGUCCUGGCGCCCCCCACGGACCACCUGCCUGGGGGACACACUGCGCAUUUGUGCAGCGAAAGAACCCUGCGACCACCGCCGCAGUCGCCUCAGCCCGCACCCCCGCCACCAGGUCCGGCGCUCCAGUCUCCUCCCGCUGCGCUCCGCGGGGCACGCGCGGCGCGUGCAGGAACCCGGAGCAGCCGCGCACGGGCCACAGAUGCGCGCGGCUGCCGCCUGCGCUCGCAGCUGGUGCCGGUGAGCGCGCUGGGCCUGGGCCACAACUCCGACGAGCUGAUUCGUUUCCGCUUCUGCAGCGGUUCGUGCCGCCGAGCACGCUCCCAGCACGACCUCAGCCUGGCCAGCCUGCUGGGCGCCGGAGCCCUGCGGUCACCUCCCGGGUCCCGGCCGAUCAGCCAGCCCUGCUGCCGGCCCACUCGCUAUGAGGCCGUCUCCUUCAUGGACGUGAACAGCACCUGGAGGACCGUGGACCACCUCUCCGCCACCGCCUGCGGCUGUCUGGGCUGAGGAUGUUCUCUAAGCCUUUGCACACUGGACCCAUGUGUCGCCCUACCUGGAACAGCCCCUCUGGGCCUCACUAGCCAGGAGCCUCAACUCAGCAGGAAAUGGAGGCUGCAGAGCUCAGCUCCCAGACCGGUGAGUGACAGACAUCGAGCCUGGAAAGAUGACAGAACCACUGAUCAACAGUCUCAAGGUGUUCAUGGAUCCCAGCUGUACAGACAGCAGAAACCUCAGCUAACGAGAACUCCUCUGGAAGAAUCUAGAAAUGGCCCUAGAUCCUGGGGAAUGAAUUUUGAGGAGAUACACGUUGUAGUCGAGUUGCUGGACCAGCCUAUGCUGAAACCAGCCUUGUGUUCACUUGUGGAAGCCGAAGCCCUAUUUAUUAUUUCUAAAUUAUUUAUUUACUUUG